AUGUCGCUCCUGGCGAUGCCGCUCAUCAUCGUCUGCCUCGGCGGCGAGAUGGUGUACAUCCUGGACCAGCGGUUGAGGGCCCAGGGGAUCCCCGACAAGAAGGCCGCUGCGGUGAUCGACGACUUGCUGCGCGCCAUGUUCCGCGUCGAGCUGGUCGACGAGGUCUUUAAGCCCCAGGAAAUCUACUCGAUGCAUUCAGCCAAGGUCGUGUUCCAGAAAAUCGCACAUAGCUCCAUCAUGCGCCUCAACGACGACAGCAUGGAGAAGCUCUACGACCUGAUGCUGAUGGGGCUGAAGUACAACCUCCUCUGCACCGACCCGCACACGGGCCUCGUCGACGCCACGCGCACGCACCUCGCCACGCUGGCGGACAUGGGGACCUCCAAUGCCUCGCGCUCGCUCGUCGGACAGUUCAUGGAGCGCAUGAGCAUCUACGACAGCAUGUCGCGCGGGUCCACGACGCUCCUGCGGCAGUCCGUGAUGCGCUUCCUCCAGGACAAGCGCGUGAAGGUCUCGCUCUUCCUCCAGGAGGGCAUCCAGUCCGGCGACUCCAAGUUCUUCCUGCGACAGCCCCUCACGAGCCACGGCGAAGCCAUGGCGGGGUCCUGGCAGCUCGACGGACGGUCCGGGGCGCACCGGAUCUCCGAGCGGUGCCACGCCGCGGACCUCUUCUUCAUGCACAAUGCGCCCAUCGGGUGCAACUUGUACGACAAGCAGCGCGCGAAGUGCGAGCGCCUCCCAAGGUACCUGGAACCCGUGCCGGUGUCGGGGUCGCCCGGCCGGCAAGGGAGCAUCGCGAGCGCGUCAGGCAGCGUCGCGAGCCCGAUCGCGAGAGGGAAGCAGUCGUCGCGGCACCUCGUGCUCGGCCCCGGCGACGACUACGCCGCCCCGGAACACCCCCUCGCCGCGCCCCCGCCCAACCUCCCCGGGCCGAACUCCCCCGGGCCGGCGGGGGGGGUCUCUUCGCCGGCGCAGGCGUUCGGCAUGGCGCCGCGCCGCAGCCCGGGACAGCGCGAGUCCGACCUGGACCGCAUCGCCCGCGGCGGCGGCGCGGCGGCGCGCGGCGAAGUGUCGGUGCUCGCCAAGCUCGUAGGCGCCAGCGACCGGCUGCGCGGGGACGGCAUCGCGGGCACGCACCUCAACAUCAAGAACCUCUUCGGGGGCGGCUUCGAGUCCGACUUCAUGACCGAGGACCAGUCGGGGCGCGCGGUCAAGGCGAACCCGGACGCGUUCCGCGUCCGCAAGCUCGAGCUCGACACGGGCGCCUCGCGCGACUACCGGCAGCGCACUGGUCUGGCGGACAUCAUGAAAGGGCUCGACCUGGGGGGGGGUCCCGCGGGGCGCGGGGGGGGGGCUGGGGCGGCGGCGCCGGCGAGCAGGGCGGGCGCGGGCGGGGCGGACCCGAGGAAGAACAUCGCGGCGGCGGCGGCGGCGACGGCGGAGCGGAAGGCGGGCACCAAGAAACCGGGGGGGGGUCUCGAUGUGCUCACGGGGGGCGCGGGGGAGGACACCGGGCAGGACCUGCUCGACAUGAUGGACGACUUGGACGGGCUCGGAGAGUGA